CCACAAGCACUAAGAGAAAGGUAAAAUUAUCAGAUUUUUCAUAAGUUGCGAAAGCGUGAUAAAAUUUUAAAAUGUGGCGAGCUUCAUACUACAACGAAGACUGGGAAAGACGCAAGACCUACUUACUACGUAGUUACUUUGAGGAUAUACCAAGACUUACGACUAUAUUUGAACGUGGUGAAUCAAGUGAAUCAUCAUCCGACUUGCCAUAUCGGCCGCCUAGAUAUUACGAUCGUCAUACUCAUACUGUUAGACCGGAAAGUCCUCUGCCAGAUUUAAUUAUUGAAAAAGAACGGAAACGCAAUGUUCACGAUGAACCAGAAGAGUUUUACCAAAGAUUAGAGAUAAAGGUUAAAAGAUACAUAAAAAAACUAAACGAAAAUAAAACCUCUUCAAAUGAAUACGAUACUGAUUUGUGUUCUACUGUCAUAAUUGAUAAUGAAAUAAGGAGCAGUUUGAUGGAAGGCAGCAACAACAUAAAUGGGGAUAAUGACAUUAGACAGAUUACUAGCGAUGAUGUUGAAAGCAAAUCAGGUAGCAUAAUUUUACAAACAAGGGCUAGAAUUUAUAAUAAAAACGUUUUAGAGCUUGAAAAUUCAAAUAGUCAAUGUGAAUCUGAAAUAGAAAUUGUCUCCCAGAAAAGUAUUACUGAUGAGGAAACAAAUGAAUCAAUAAAUAACGCUGUUGAAUCUAAUAAUGACACGGAGGAGAACAAUAAUUAUCAUUCCGAAGCUGAAAAUGCAAAAAAUAUCAGCACGAAUAGUAACAAGAGCAUUGAGACGCUCCUCUUCUAG